CGCUUCCCUGCUCAACGACGAGAAGGCUAUGGGUACGGUACCGAAUCUUCCAUCCUGUUACCGGAGCCUCGCGUACCGUAUUUUAUGCCCGUGACGAAACGUACUACGAAUAGGCAAAAGUACGAGAGUCAGUAAAUUCAGGUCGAUCUGCCCCCGAGGGGAUGUUACUCAACGUUCAAACUUGGUCAGUGGAGCGACGAUGGCGCGCUACUGCAGUAGUCGGGGCUCCCGGCGGGCGGACGGAGACAAGACGAAUCUCAGUCACGUUGCGUCCAAAGCAUACUGAGCGAUGGUGCACGUCGACUGGACGGACGGACUGGCAGCUUCCUUAUGGAACACAGCUCUCGUGUCACGAAGUCAACCCCGCUCUUGCUAGCGUCGCACGGCCUGCUGCUCUGGUUGCAGAGUAUAUGGACGAAUGUCCACACGGCGCGAACAUCAAUGUUUCAGGGGGUCGGGGUGAAUCUGGGGUUGGUACGAUCGAUUGAAAUGGAUGCGGAAAGUUUGAGGGAGUGAUGUUUUAAUUGAUCGUGUGUGUAAGGGAGACGAGAAGGCCGGACUCGUCAUGUUCGUCCCGGGGAGGUGAUCCGAAGCGGAGUGGAGAGGCGCUCAAUCUCACAUCCUUCGAACUGGAAGAGCUGUAACCAGCAUGGCGCCUUAUAAGUUAGAAAUUGAGACAACAGCUUACUGCAGUUGUGGAUACUGCUGCAAUUGGGAAUGGGGAAUAAGACUCCCAGGACAAUAUUAUCUGGGUCUUUCACCGUCUUGGGCUCCGUUGAAGCUGCGUCAGCGCAAAAGUCAGGGAUUGACAGAAAAGCGGUUGCCCCUUGUUUCCAGGUACUGGACAACGAGAAAUUUGUCUGGCUACCCGUACUAUGGCCUCACAUCUAAUGGGAGCGUUCCUGCUCAGGCUCGUCCUCCACUUUUUUCGGGACUAAGUUUGAGCCAGUAUCAAAAGCUUCCGGGUCGACUGCUUCUCUUUCCUUGGCGAUUGCUUCCCAGACAUGGUUCAAUCGCUGCAGACACAGAUUUCUAUCCGUUUGGAACGAAGAUGUUCGUUCCAGGCUAUGGCUGGGGAGAGGUAGAAGACAGAGGAGGUGCUAUAAAAGGCAAAACUCGAAUAGAUCUUUACCACCAUUCACAUCAACAGGCGCUGAAGUGGGGGCGACGAAGACUUCCAGUUUUGGUUAUAUUGCCAGGAGAUCAUCCGGUCGAUAGACUGAAUAUUCCUCGCCCAUUGAAAUCUGUUCUACAUGGUUUGAACUGGUUUCGAGGGCUGUUGUUUUAGAGUACUGCAGUGGUUUCCUUUGUGGACGAGGUUGCAAUUCUGCAGAUAGAACCGCAACGAAAUGUGAGCAUAGAGAGAAGGAAAUAUGUCAAAAGAAUUUGAAAUUGUGUACAGAUGUUUCGAAGGAUCCCACCAUUAAUGUUAUAAAUCUUGCAGAAUUAUAGGAAUUAUUUACACCUCAGGUGCUGUAUCGCAUUGGGUUGAAGUCCUAUGUGUACUGUACAGAUACUCAUAGAAAGUCUUUGUCUGGGCACGAUAAAAUCUAAGUGAACAGCGCGAGGAUUUGAAAACUACAUUCUUCAUUUUUAUGGGACCCAUUUCCCGUGAGAGAGCCCCCGGAGUAAUUCCUUGGGUGUUCACUCGAGUUAGUUAGUUAGUGUUCACUUCAUGGCAAUGAGUUACAUCGUAUUUCAGAACUGGGGAAAAGCUGCUACCGAGAGAGAGAUCCCUCUCGAUCCCUAGAGCUCGAUGCAAGAGUCCACGUUAUGGGAGGUAAUCUUUUUGUUGUCUCCGAUUCUUCGUACAGACUGCUGAGGUGUUCUCUGCUCUCGUUUUAGAUCUCCAAGCACGAUGGUGUUCCUGUGUAUAGACUCUUGUUUAGGCUAGAAUAUUGAUUAAUAUUGAUGAAUAAUGAAGAGCAG